AAGAAACACCAGGGGUGGGUGACAUGGCAUUGGGUGGGCAAUGCAUGAUGAGAUCCGCCGGUUGGGUCAUGAUGGGAUGGGAUGGAACCCCCCAUGUCCUCUGGUAUCCUUAUCCAUCAGAAGCCGAGAGAGAUCCAGGCCAGAUCCUGAGCCACGGACAGCCGAUUUUUAUAGAUGCAUGUUAUUGGCGUUUGAAAGCGCACAAUGCGGCGCGACAGCAGGGGAUUGGGCAUUGUCAAUCACAAUCAAGGCGUGAUAAAAGUCCAAAGUCAUUGAUGACGAUGACUAGAGGCAAUGACGUCGUUGUGUACCUAGACUAUGGAUGAGGCUCACACAAAUCGAGGCUUGGGGAGGAGCACGUUUUCAACACCGAAGCGUAACAGGCUGGAGGCUGGAACAAGAGGAUCCAAUUCGGAGAAGGAAGAACCUGGGGUUCGCUCAUUAUCUUGAGAGGGCAGCCACGCACGCGAGCAAAAGCGCGCAAGAGACAGGCAGAGACGUUGGCUCAAUUCGCAAAACACCAGGCGCGACCCGGAUAAAACGGCAUCUACGAGACCCGCCUGACUUGUUUCGGCCGACGCCGUUGGCAGGGAGCGAGGUCGAUCUCUGCUGGAAAAACUCGCAUCAUGGCAUUGAAGAGUUGAGAGUCAGGGUCUUGACCCUCUAAAAUGGAAAAUUCUAUGGAUCCUCUUGACUUGCUUCAGCCAUUGAGCUUCUGUUGUUUCGAGGCGCUUUGAAUGUCUCGCGUUCCGCACCACUCAUUUUACGGCCCGUUUUCUUACUUGACCUGUCUGUGCCUUUUUGAUUCAGAACCCUUUCUGCUGCCUCCCACCUUUGUUUUGUUUUUGUUUUUUUACCUUUCGGUGUCCUAUUCCAGACACCGGGAGAUAGUUUAAUUCAUGCCUAUCACUACAUAUCACGGAUAUUCGGCCUCCUCGUUGUCCUUUUGUCGUUUGCUUCCCUUUGAUACCUGUCGACCGAUGCCAAGCCUUUCCCUUUCUGCUAUUUCCAUUUCCCGCCUCGGCGCUGUCGGGAGCCGCAGCUGCGCGUCUCGGCAUUGGUGCUCUAGGCCUAAAUAGGGUAGAUUCAGGAAAAGUUCGCUGCAUGAAAAACUGGAGAGAAGGUACAAAAGUACAUCUGGUGGGUCCUCUUUCGACGACAUCCACCUAAUGCGGAAAGAGGUCGUGUGAGGUCGUUGUGGUGGGAUCGACGGGUCCCUCUCGCCAGCCUACAUGCCUCGGUCAGUGCAACCUUCCCACACACACACUCAUGGACCAAGAAAAGACCCUGUGCCCAACUCAAUUCACAUGCUGGAUCAUGCUCUUACCCAUGGUGUCUAAUCUUGUUGCUUUAAGGGUAAAAGCUUAACAAAAGCUU